AAUUCUACAGUUGUUUUAUUAAUAUUCAUAAUAUUUGUUUACGUUAAUGUUAUUUUAUACAUCGACUUAUAGUAACAAAUAAUCAUAUUUUUGAAUCUAAUAUUUAAGUAAUGCGCCAAAAUUUGAAAGCCAUAAUGUAUUUCAUGAAAUAAAUUUUAUAUAUUAUCAACAUAUUUAACCUAUUUAAGCAUGUGAAACACAAAAUUAAUUAAUUAAUUCUGGUCAAUGUAUCUAUUUCAUAUUGCUUUUUUCACAAAAAAAUCGAUUAAUAAUUAAUAAUUGUAAAAUGUUGACUAUUUUUUUGGGGUUACGUUCAAUAAAAUAUUUUGGUGUUUCAAAAUAUAGCCAGGGUUUAAAAAAGAUCAACAUAAAAAAUGCUUUCAGUACUAAACGUAAUAACACCCAAGAAAAAAAUGUACGAUCUACUGUCUAUUAUUUAUCAGCAUUAGGUGUACUUACAGUUGGUCUUAGUUAUGCUGCUGUACCAUUAUACAAAAUGUUUUGUCAAGCAUUUAGUUAUGGUGGUACAUUAAGUCACAAUAUUGAAGAAUCUAAAUUAGAAACAAUGAAACCUAUUGCUCACCGCCAAAUUAAAGUACAUUUUACUGCUGAUACUUCUUCUAAUAUGCAAUGGAAUUUUAAACCUCUUCAAACAGAAAUUAAAGUAGCACCAGGUGAAACAGCAUUAGCAUUUUAUACAGCCAAGAAUCCUUUAGAUAAACCAGUGACUGGUAUCAGUACAUAUAAUGUUGUACCAUUUGAAGCUGGACAAUAUUUUAACAAAAUUCAAUGUUUUUGUUUUGAAGAACAACAAUUAAAUCCCAAAGAAGAAGUUGAUAUGCCAGUAUUUUUUUUUAUUGAUCCAGAUUUUGUUAGUGAUCCAAAAAUGGAAAAUAUAGAUGACAUAACUCUCUCUUACACAUUCUUUGAAGCAAAACAAGGAGUUAAUUUACCUUCUAUUUUUAAUCAAUAAUUGUUGUUGGACAUAUUAGAGUUCUAUACUUAGAUAUGUAAUUUAUUUUUGCAAAAUACAAUCAAUUGUAUAAU